GGCCGAGAAUUGUUUAGCUAAACGGCCCUAAACAGUUUCCCAUUCAUUCUCAAUGGUAGUGCUAAACCACUACGGAUGCAAUAUAUUUUUGGCCGCUACGAGUUUUGGCGCUGUUCCGAGUUUUUACAGACGCGCGGCUCUUUGGAAACCUUGGAUCGCUUUGGACAAACUUCUUUGGAGACAUCGACUCACUACCAUCAUUUACACUUUUUUUUGUAUUUAUCAAAGAUGCAGAAGAAAAUUACGUUCUUCCCAGGGAGAAAAUGUGUUGUGUUCCGCAAGGGACCACUCGGAUUUCUCCUCCAGGAGCCCUCUAAAGAAGCUAGGCGGAUUAAGGACGACCCCACUCAGCAAGACAAGUCUGUGGCCCUGAGGGAAGACCUUGUGCGGCAGAAUGCUCUGGCUGUGGUCCGUCAGAGAGGAGGGGAUUCCUCAGACAGGAUGGAGGUGAUGGGAGACUACAUCCUCCAGUUUGGGAAAUAUAAAGGGAAGUCUUUCAGGUGGCUUUUAGAGAACGAUGUAGGGUACACUAUGUAUCUCAUCAAGAACCUCAAGAAGGAGGAGGCAUUAGGCAUCUGUAUGUCUGAGGGGCAUGGCAAGGACAGCCUACAGUCUUUUGUUAAAUAUGCUCUUAGUUUUGGAGAGAUCCAGUCUCUUCUCACCUAUGAGGCCACUGGAGUGGGUGUUGCGGCAGCCUCAUCAGAAGAUGACCAGCUGGUUGGCUUUGGUUCCCGGGCCAAGAGCACUUGGAAAGAGAUAUGGGAUGGCAGAGCUGAUGGCUAUGCGGACUUCAUCAUGAGGAAGAGCUGCGUCCCAGGGACACGCAUGUGCAAGUUGCAGCAGUACCUGCGGAAGAGGCAGGUAUCUGCCACUGCUUCAACAUCUGCUGAGCAUGCCUCAAGGGCCCCAGCUAAACCCCUGGUGAUGGAUGACGAUGAAGAGCUAGAGAAGGCGAUGUUGGGCAUCUCACCUUCUAAACUACAAGUGCAGAGCUUUGCUGUGCCAGCAGCAGUAGCAGCAGCUGUCACACCCAGAGUGUCACCAGGAGCAAAGAAAGGUGUUUAAAGAAAAGGUUUCAGGGCUGGAGUACGAUUCUUUUACAUGAUGAAAUGCCCUCCAAAACUGAACCUUCACUUAACUUGUUAUGCUGUUUGUGUUCUGGCCAUGUUCCGGCCAUGUUCCUCUAACAAUAUGGUUGAAUGCUGUCGUUAUAAUAACUGUCCUACGGACUAUGAAUUGAUCCUACCAUGAUGAACUGAUUCCAACUACAAGGAGGGUAAAUAUGCAUUUUUUUGUUUUCCAUUUAUGAUGUAUUAGAAACAAAUUAAGGAGCGUUGGGUACUAACACUUGAAUGCAUGCUUGUUCAUUGAGUUCUUACUAACACCAACACUUGCAUAUAUUGUGCAUUCUGAAAUGACUGAUACAACUGCAAGCAUCACCAGUUGAUGGUAAAACACUGUUAUCAGUUUCAUGUAGUCAACUGUUGAGUUAAUUUGGGUUACAUAUAAACAAUAAUUGGUAUAUUUACGUUCAUGCAGCUCCAGCCUCUCCGGGUCUGAAGAAAAAAACACCUGUGCCCCUACCAGCAGAGCUGACGUUCCUAGUAAAGGAGACAACAGCAGAGACGCAACUCCAAGAGUCAACUCUAGGACCCCGCACAAGUGCUGCUGGCACCGCACAAGUGCCGCUUGCCUUUGAGGACAGUGGUGAAGAGGUUGCCUCAGCUCAGCCAUCCAUUCCUGUUC